CGUGCUCGCCUCCCCGGCCGCACGGCGGCCCGCGUGCAUGGAGUAUGUGGUGUCGGUCCGAGAUGUGCUGCUUCUGCUUCGAUGUCCUGCUACUGUCACCUGGUACGCUACCAGCCCCGCGGGCCCCGCUUCACCAACGACCCCUAUGAGGUGGUUAUGAGAGCUGCUAUAUUUGAAUUACUUUAUAUUCUGCAAGGUUUUUGGAGGGCAAAGUCUUCCUCAACCAUAGCAGGUUCAUCAAAAAGAAAGAAAAAUAAAAUACAAAGUAAGAGACGUCUUAAACUGCCUCCUCAGUUCGUCAUCACUAGAAGAAGCCCGCUCUUUGUAACAUGGAAGAUUGGUCGAGAUAAACGAUUGCGUGGAUGCAUAGGUACUUUUUCAGCCAUGAACCUGCAUUCAGGACUCAGGGAGUACACACUUACUAGUGCCCUUAAAGAUAGCCGUUUCCCCCCAAUGACGAGGGAUGAGCUGCCACGGCUUUUCUGCUCAGUGUCUCUACUCACUAAUUUUGAAGAUGUAUGUGAUUACUUGGACUGGGAGGUGGGUGUACAUGGCAUUCGAAUAGAAUUCGUCAAUGAAAAAGGAUCAAAACGCACCGCCACCUACUUACCGGAGGUUGCAAAGGAGCAAGGAUGGGACCACAUUCAGACCAUAGAUUCCUUAUUGAGGAAAGGAGGCUACAAAGCUCCAAUUAGUAAUGAGUUCAGGAAAACCAUAAAACUGACCAGGUACCGUAGUGAGAAGAUGACCAUGAGCUACACAGAGUACCUUGCCCAUCGUCAGCAUCAUCACUUCCAAAAUGGCAUUGGGCACCCCCUUCCACCAUACAACCAUUAUUCCUGACACUGAGCCACAUGACCAGUCACUGGACCUCUCUGCAGACCUCUUCCCAGGAGACCCCGCCCCUUCCUGGUCUAGCUAUCUCUAUUACUGUACCAUUUUAUGAUGAUAGUUUCCGUUGCCACGUUGACGCUUCUCCUUGGUUGGUCAAGUUCAUCGUGGCAACGGGUGAGAAAACUGCAUUAUUACAAAGCUCUCAUAAUUCUUUUUUAUUGAGUCACUGCGGGGUUUUUUUGCAGCAUAUAUAACCCUUGUGUUUUUUAUAAAAUUUUAAAUUUAUACUACAUUAACAUUGAAUUAUAUCAAUCAAGUUUUCUAUGACUGUGGAUGGAAGGAAGACUUUAGUGUUUAAGGGUUACAAUUAGGGAUAUCCUUUUUUUGAGUAAGACAUUUGUUGCUGUUGCAUUAAUAGUUGUAACAGGGAAUGAAACAUAUCAGAGAUUCAGGUAUUAAGCAUACAUUCCCCACCAUUGUAGUAAAGGCUCUUUAUUUCAUGUAGUUAAAUACAUGAGCUUCAGAUUCAGUACUUACAGACAGAAUUUGAACGGUGAUAUUCCAGAUGAAGAGAAGCUGUUGCACCUAGCAUAAGAGGCAAUGAUGAUAGGAAGUAUUUCAGGAUCAGUUGAUCUAAUUGAUUACAGACUUAAAGUGCCAGAUCCAGCAGGGUACUAAGUGCCCUCAACUCUCAUUCUAUUAUAUUGGAAUUGAGAGUAUUCUGCCCCUCUCAGGAUCAGACACCAAAACAGUGUUUGUAAUGCAGAGAAGAGACUACUUUCUGACAUUCUCAAAAUAGGAGUCACUUUUGUUUUAAUAAUGGUUGGUGAACAGGCAGUGUUAUAUUAGGAAGAAAAUGGAUUUAGACUUUUGUGCCUUUUAACUAUAUUUAUGUCCUAGUCACACAAAAAUCAUAGGAAGAAUAUUAAAAGCACUGGACAGCUCUCUACUGAUCUGGUGUAAAUUAUUUUUUAAACUGAGAUUCUUUUAAGCAAGCAAAUUGUGAAAGAUUUUCUCUUCUCUCCCCAUCUUAUUCUUUUUUUUUAGUUUCCUAAGUUUUCUGAUGUCAUGAUUAGCCAGAUAACAGUUAACUGCUGUUUUAAGAAACAGUGUGUGUGUUGGAGAAAGAGCACAGGACAAAUAUGCCCUGAUUUCAGAUGUCUUCAUCUAUUACAGGAACAAUCCUGGAGAGUUGUAAGUACUGUGAAAUAGUUCUGGUAACUUUUGCGCACUAAGAGGAAGUAGAAAUCCAUUUAUUGUAUUGAUCAGAAUUUUUUGUUUUGUUCCAGCUGUAGUAAUGGAGAUGGGAUUUAUAAAAGAUAGGUGUGGUAGAGUAGCAAGACCUGAACAUUUUGGGGCCUAUUCUCUUCUUGCAGCUGUAGAACUCUCACUGGCUCUGGUAGUAGUUUACUGCAUAUUCAAGGGGAUAAUAUACCCCAUGCAUCAUAGAAAAACACCCUCUACAUACAGGUGAGUAAAAUACGUUAAGCAGAAAUCCCCAGAUAUUUCAAAUAUUGGGUGUGUGUGUAUAAAACAAAAUACAUAUUCUAAACAGAUAAGAGAAAAAAGAGAUGGCGCUAAUAAUACUUUUGCUGUAGCAAAUGGCAGACUGCUCGUUGAUAAUUCUAAAACUUGUAUAUUUUAAAAGAUCAUUGGGUAAAUUGUUACUGCUCACCUGUAAUAUGAGGCAGGUUUUGCUGGGUUAGUUUUAAGAUAGAAGGUCUUUGGUAUUCCUUCAUCCACAGCAGUUGAUGUCCAAAUGUUAACACUUUCAGUUGUGAUGCCUUAAUUUAUAAGCAAACAAAAGGGCCUGAAUAUUCAGUAGCCAAGAGAUAUGCCAAGCGGACACUGCAAAAAUCAAUAGAUGUUUAUAUAGAGGAUAUUUUGGAUGAUACUAUUGUCUUGUUUCUACUUGGGGAACAUUUUAAAGUGGAUUAGCUUUUAAGUGGAAACUGUAAACAAGUGGCUACUUGAUUGAAAGUUUUAUUUCUUGCCCUUAUAGGGAAACUGAGCACAAGCUGAAUAAUAUUGUCUGCUGCAAAAAAAAAAAAAAAAAAAAAAACCCUCUCCAACAGCACACAUCAUCUCGUUACAGCAUGCUCAUGCUUCUGUAUGAGCUCAUUGUUAGAAGUUUUUUAAAAGAAAUUAUAUAUAAAAAUAUAUAUGUAUUUAAAGGUGCUAAUCAACCUUGAGCAGGUCACGUGACUGGUCAUGCGGACUCUAAAAUCAUAUCAGAUUUUUAAAAAAUCCUCAAUAUAUGCAGAUGUUAUACAGAAUUUCUUACCAGUGUAAUAAUGAUAUACUGAUGAAAUAAACAAUCCUGCAGGUUUUGAAGGACAAGGUCAGCAAUACUUCCCAUCAUGGCUUGGGGGGGAAAAAAAAAGGAUAGUUUUGUCUCCUUUUUGUACACAGCAUAAUGCACAAUGAAUUUUUGUCUAUCUUUCAGUAGCUGUUGCUUAAAAAGAAUAGUUCAAAGAGUGUUAUACAAAUUGUAAUGGUGUGCUUGAAAAUCAAUUAAUGCCCAGGUCCUUCCGGACCACUGUCUUUAAAAAACUGUUACAGAUAUAUGGGUCAAUCAUAGAAAUACACUGUUUUUUCAUGCUUAGAAUAAUCAAGUCUAUCUACUGUGUUUCAGGGGCACCUAUCUCCUCAAUAUGUAAGUGCCGAGAAUGCUGUUGAUUAUGUUUAUAUACUUAUGGGUAUAUUUGAAUAAACAUACAUGUAUUUCACUCAGACGUGCCCUGGGACAAAAUAGGUCUGUUUUUCUAAACCUGAUCAAGAAUAGUGUGUGAAAUCAGUUUCACGAAUGUUCUUAUUUAACUACACUAAUAGCCUUUUAGAUAUAGUUCAGUGGAAAUAUUUUUAUGUUGGGUACUUUCACUGGAUUUUUUUAAGUUAACAUUUUAGCUUUAGAGAAACACUAAUCAGUUUGCUUUAUUCCUUUUUAAAAGGCUUGAAAUGUUACUUUGAAGCCUCUUCCUCAGAUCCAUGUGGUAUUAGCUGAGUUAGACAGCGAGCCCCUCUAACUCACACAUAAGUGGCCUUCCUUCUGCCCCACUGACUUCUCCCACCUCCACCCAAGUGCUAGACACAGCAGGUGGAGGGCACAGUAGUGAGUUUUGACCUCGUGUAUGAAGUUAAUCAAGGCAAUUGAUGUGGCACACCCUGACAUUUGUAUUUUAACCUCUUUACUUGUCUUCAAAUGUGCAGUUUUUUGAAACUGUUGUCUGGAGUAGGUUACAUCUCUUGUGUGUGUUAGAUCAAACCAAAGAAGCCUCCAGCCAUGCACAAAUGCUGCUCCUAAAGCCUGCCUUCCAGUCCUUACAAAAUCCUUGCAGGAUUAAAUGUUAACUUUUUUAUUUUUGUACAGUUUCUAACUGAUUUUUGCUAGUGAUGUGAAUUGAAUUAAGUUUAUUUGAGGAGUCUGAGUACCUCCUUCAUUUAAAUAAACUGGUGACUUUCCUUUUAUGUUAAAAAAUAAAUAUAGAAACCCAAAGUGUGCCUCUCAGAUUUAAGGGUUUCUGGUUACAUUUAUUCUUAAAACCAGCAAUGAUUCUUUAUAUACAAAGAUAUGUUUUCCUUGUUUUUUAUUACUGUUAAAGAAAAAAAUAAAAACCUCUUUCUUUGCUCUGGAUCCAGUAACUGUGCUGGUACAUAAACGCACUGAGAAGACAAACUUUUGUUUGAAACUUUUGUAACAACUUAAGACUGUUUUUGUAUAUCAAAGUUGAUUCUUUUCAAAAUAUUUGGAUCUAGUUUCUAAGUUAUUUUAGUGUUUUAUAUGUUAUGAAAAAAUUACUUUGAAUUGUUCACCAGCAUAAGGAGUUAUCUGGAAUGCAAUGGUGACAGGUGUAAUGGGCUUUGAGCUACCUGGAGUAGCUUAUAGGGCCCCUGUUUUUUUCCUUCCUUAUUAGUAACUUGAUUAUUGAUUACAAUAAUAUCACAGAUUACCUGAACCCCCUUCCAUUAUAACUAGAUCCUCCCUUCCAACAUUUAAUUGCUAUUAGUGUGAAGAAACUGUUGAAAUGGGCAUUUUACUAUGAGUAUGGCUUAAAAAGGUAAAAAUGAGGAAAAAGCAAAAAAAAUAUAUAGAAGGUUAUCUGUGGGUCUGUGAGAUAUGGCUGUGGAAAGAUAUUGUAGUAGUUUUAACACUAUUGUUCUUACCUUUUAAAUCAUUUACCCAAUAAAA